CGUUCUCUGUUUCCUAUCCAUCCAAUGGCAACAGCCUCCCGAUCUCCUAACCAAUCAAACAUCUACAUGACGCUGCGAUACUUCCUCUCAUUCGAUCGCAGCAGAAGCGCUCCGGCAAUGUUCUUAAUCUUCCUAACCCUAACCCUAACCCUUCCACGUUCCCCACUCCUUCUCUGUCUCACAAUUUGUUCCUUUGUUACUGGUUGCGAGGAUUAAAUGGAAGAGCAGACGUACGGGCAAUCUUCUCCGGGUUGCAUGAAAGGGCUGGCGCACUUUCUGGAUUUCCAUCACCGUCUUCAUCUCGGAAAGAUGAAGAUGCUGACGUAUAGAAAGCAUGGCGAGGGCAAGCGUGCUGCGAGAAGCAAAGAACCUAAAACAGAUCCGGAUGCCCCUUCAACUAGCCAGCAGUAUGUUAAUUCUGAAGAAACCAGCUUUGGAAUAGAAGACAGAGCCAGCACCCGAAAACAUCCAGCGAGAAUAUCAAUUCCCAAAUGGGGAUUAAGAGAUCAUAACAAGAAAAUAAAAGUUUCUCUGCCUGCUUCCAGGUUGCGCCGAACUUUCUCUAUUCAUCAUUGGAGCGAGGAACAUUUCGAUAAUCUGAAUUUCGAGAUAAAAGGUUCACUCAUUGAGCAAAAUGUUGAUACGAACAAAGCUUCUUCAAACAGUGAACAGGUCUACAUACUCUCUCCUAGUUUUGAUGAGCAUAAUUUUGAUAAAAAAUGCGAUGUUAAUACAGCUUACAGUAUAAGUCAUUCUUCCGGUCCAACCCAACCGGAUGAGCUCGAAAAUAUUUCACAGAUAAAACAACAGCAGGAAGAUGUUAUCUUAUCUCCAUCAAAAGAAUUUCUAGCCAUGAUGAAACUAUUUGAUGGAAACAUAGAGUUAAUUCAAAACAUUCUCGAUGACCCGAGCUAUAUUUUCGCCCAUUAUCUUCAAGCUAAACAAGCUUCCAAUGUCGAGUUAACUCGGGCUUAUUCAUUCCCAGCUCCAAGGUUGCUUGAAAGGAAACAAAAUGGGCAGUUUAGGUUCAAGCAUAAAACAUAUGAUGUCAAUGAAAAGUUUCAUUCAGGUACACCGAAGGAAGAGAUAAUGGAUGGUGAUGAGGAACUCACUCCAAAACUUGUGGAGACUAAUUUCAGUUCUAGUCGAUUUAUGGCCAUCAAACAUAGCAAAAAAAAGGAGCACCGUCGUGUCUUUAUGGAUGGGAUUCUUCAUAGAAUUCCCUUUGGAAGAAAGGUAAUGGAAGCCAUGAAGAAAAGUAAGUCUGGUCUGUGGGAUGUUUCUACCAUGGAAAAAUUUGACAGAGAAGGCAAGUUGAAUUCUUGUUGGAACAAGUUCAACAAACAUGUCCCGAGAAAUAUCCAAAGAUCUCAUUCUCUUAGUGACUCUGUAGCCAAGUAUUCUCAUUUGUUUGAGUCUAUAUCAAAAGAAGAAUUCAAAGAACUUACUGAAAGAACGAAAGUGAAAUCUUUAGAUAGAAUAUUAUCUUUUUCUGACAUCAAAGAUUGUUCAUCAAGCAAAAAUGCGCAAAGUGAAGCACCCUUUUCAUGUCUUGAGAAUUUAACUAUUUCAUCUAGAGAAAAAGUACUGAAGAAAGAAGAAUCAGAAGAAUUUACCACAGAAAUGAGUUCAGAAAAUUUGAGUAAAGAUGGUUUAAUCGAAGAAGAAAACAUAUCUAUUUCUCCACCAGGAGAAAAGCUACUGGAUGAAGCACUCGCACAUGAAUUAAAAAAACCAAUUGGAUUUCUUGAUUAUGCCGCCUCUGAAGGUUCAGAAUGUAGAUAUCCAUCAGAACAAUCUACUGUUUCUCUUAUCAAUAUUUCUGAUAGAGUUAAUACUAAUGGAAAAGAUCUUCCAAGAGAAAAAUCAUUCCCAGAUUCCAAUUGCUUCGAUUCUUUACUUCUUCAAAUCAACCCUAAGCUCGAAUCUAAAUUCAACUAUGUUAAAGAGAUACUGAGAAGAUCUAGAUUCAACAGCAGUGAUUUUCUUCAAGCUCUGCACUCCCCCGAUGAUGGCCAAAGGGAUCCCUUAAUCUCUAAUGAAGCAGAAGGUUUAUCUUAUAAACCUGAAAUUACAGAAGAUGAAUAUGAUACCUUACUGGAACAUCAACUUCUGUUUGAUCUGAUCAAUGAAGCUUUGGUGGAAACAUUAGAGAGUUUUCUUUCUUAUUUCUUUCCUUGGCUGUCUCCCUUCAAUACUAACCCUAAACCAAUGCCUAUGGGAGAUCAAAUUCUCCAAGAGAUUUGGGGAAACAUCUGCUGGCAUUUUAAAGGUCUGCCUCAGCUGGGGAUAAAUUUAGAAGAAAUUGUGUCUCGAAAUUUUAUGAGGAAUGAUAGAUGGAUGAAUAUUCAAUAUGAUGUUGAGGAUGUUGUGGAAGAGCUUGAAAGUUUAAUACUGGAUGAUUUGUUAGAUGAUGCUGUGCUUCAGCUUUCUUUAUUGCCUAGUUUCAACCAUUUCCCUUCCUAGU